AGUGUUGCAUGAAUAUCAACCCCAUGUUUGUAAUUAGUGAUUGCUCACUCGCUGGAAGACUCAAGGAAUACCUCGAGGAGCAUAUCGAAAAGGCAUUCCAACCAAUAAGAAUGAAACCGUAUUGUCAUUUAUUAUGACUGCUCCGCCGCAGGAUCGACAGUGGAGCAACUCUAGAGCGCGAUUCCCGCUCUUCGGACUCGUCUCCACGAUAGAGCUUCGAAGCUAAGGUCUCCGGAUCACAAUCCGGUAGGUCUCAUCGCCGGGGUCCGCGGACAAAACUUACCGUCACAUAGGGCUUCUAUGCAUAGAAAAUGAGGGAAUUUAGGUGUGGUGAUACUGCGUAUCUGCAAUACCGUUGCGACUGUUAAAUCGCUGCCUGCGAUGGUGACGUGGCACCCUGACCCUACGUCGACAGCGUCCGGAAUGUUCAUUCUUUCGAUAAUCUCCGGUCCGUUGUCUGAGCCGCUUAACCGAAAAUGAAUCUACAAUCAAUGUAUUAGAAGUAUUUAAGGAAGCUGGUACGACUAACAAUAUAUCAUCUCAACAAGAUCUAAUAUCAUCAAUAAGUCAAAUCCAAACUAGGUCGAGAUGAAGCUGGUGUACCUGUCCUCCGCCGUGGCCUUUGGCUCCGCAAUCGCCGAUACAGUCCCGUGGGAAGGUCCCGGACCGAGCGACGUGCGGUCGCCUUGUCCCAUGCUCAAUACUUUAGCAAACCAUGGGUUUCUACCUCACGAUGGAAAGAGCAUCACCGUGAAUAAGACAGUAGAUGCUCUAUCUUCAGCGCUAAAUAUCGUCCCGGAGCUCGGCAGCUUCUUGCACGAAUUCGCGGUGACUACGAACCCUCAGCCUAAUGCGACGACCUUCGACUUGAACCAUCUUAGCCGUCAUAACAUAUUGGAGCACGAUGGCAGCUUGAGUCGUCAGGAUUCUUACUUUGGUCCUCCGGACGUCUUUAACGAGGCUGUCUUUAACGAGACCAAGUCGUACUGGACCGGAGACAUAAUUACUAUACAGAUGGCAGCCAACGCGCGUGUGGCCCGUCUUAUGACUUCGAACCUUACGAACCCCGAGUACUCGCUUUCAAACUUGGGUUCAGACUUCAGUAUAGGCGAGUCAGUUGCAUAUCUCGCCAUUCUAGGGUCUAAGGAGACCGGCACCGUCCCGAAGACCUACGUGGAGUACUUGUUCGAAAACGAACGCUUACCUUAUGAGCUUGGUUUCUCAAAGAUGAAGGAACCCAUGACGAAAGAUGACCUGACCAAUCUGAUGGAUAAGAUUAUCGAGGCUCAGCAUUUCCCCCAAUCACCUGGCAAGAUUUCGAAGCGUACUGAGAGGCCUUCCGAGAAGCGUGCUGAGAAGCGUUGCCCAUUCCACUAGAUGUGAGCCUAUGAUUCGUAGAGUU